UUACAAGAAAUAUCGUGCAGUUGCUCUUUUUAACCUUUAGAGGGAAACGUUUGCACGUUAUUUGGUGAAAAUAGCUAUUAGUAGGCAUGGAGUUCGAACCCCAUCUUCCAAAUUCGGAUGGACAUAUAAUCCGAUUUCCAGUAAAGCUGAGAAGGAUCAUUGAUACGUGUGGAACAGGAGCCAUUAAGUGGAACCAAGAUGGAACAAUUAUAAGAAUCAACAAGACAUUGUUUGAGACUGAGUACCUAACCAAAGACCAUAGACCAUUCCAAACGACCAGUUUCAGUAGUUUUAUACGUCAGUUGAACUUCUACGGAUUCCAGAAAGUAAACCAAAGACCCUUUGCCAAGGGCAGCGAGAAUGUGGAUUCAAACGUGUUUGAUUACAGACAUCCGCAUUUCAGAAAAAAUAGCGCAGACCUGUCCCUCGUUCAAAGAAGAAAUAAAUCAAGGAGACCACGGAAUUUUGAAGAUGCAUUUGCAAGAAUCAUAGAACCUUCUUCAAAGAGUCUCGGGACGUGGCUGCCUUUUCGAUCUCUUCCAGAUGACUUAAAACCGUUGCCAAAGGAAGUCCAAGGUCCACCAGAUACACAUCAAGUUCAGCUGUAUGUGGUUGGCCAGGAUGGCAUACUUAUUCCUGCAGAGACUUCCAUGGUUCUGACCACUGGUGUUGUUACUCGACCAACUGACACUCCAAGUGACCAAGCAACAUUCAUGUCAAACAAGGCCACAGCUCAACACACAGAGUCAUCACCAUCAAUUUAUUCAAUUGAAUCAGAUGCCAACAUUCCCUUGGAAACGAAUUCUACAAUUCUUUAGAUCAAGGAGCUCAGCUACUCUAGAGGCAUCAUGUAUUAAUGACCCUAAAUCAUCCUAAUCCUUGUGCUAUGAGCCACUGAACAGACAUUUGGUGCCUUAUGAUGACCUUCAGAAAUCAUUCUGGGGGUACAUCAGUGACUGUACUGUUAUAGAACAGUAGUACAGAAGAUUGUCAGGACAACUUUCUUCACUGAAUUUAGACAUAUCUUGUGUCAGAAGAGCAUAUCAAAUAAAUAUGUUAAUUUCUAUUUGUA